GAGCGAGCGGGCGCGGGCGCUGCGCAGAUGGCCGGGGCAAGCAAGGUCUGAGGCUGGGUUCCUUGAAACGUGACCAUGUGGAUCCAACAGCUUUUAGGACUCAGCUCCAUGUCCAUCCGCUGGCCCGGCCGCUCUCUCGGAAGCCAUGCCUGGAUACUGAUAGCCAUGCUGCAGCUUGCUGUAGACUUCCCGUCCUGUGACUCACUAGGCCCCAGUCCCGAGUUCCGGCUCCUGUCACGCCCACAGAGGCCCCAGCGGCUGUGGAGUCUGCGAAGUGGACCCCCAACAAGGCUACCAACGCCAGCCUGGAGUCCCCGUGCCGCCCGGGCCGAACGUGCCCACGGGCCCAUACAGAUGCAGACUCCCCGUGCUCGGAGGGCCCACAGGCCCAGGGACCAGGUAGCCACCCUUGGACCCAAAGAGGGACUCACCAAGCCCCCGGCUGCCCCCAGAUCGAGCCCUUCCCUCACCUCUGCAACGGCCUCAUCCUCUGUGGUGACUGCUGGGACUGCAGAGCACCAGAGCCUCCUGAGACGGGGUAGGAGGCACACACAUGAUGCAGAGUUCAACGAUUUCGACUUCCGUGGCAGUAGGCCCACGACAGAGACAGAAUUCAUAGCCUGGGGGCCUACGGGGGAUGAGGACACCCUGGAGUCCAACACCUUCCCUGGUGGUUUCGGCCCCACCACGGUCUCCAUCUUGCAAACACGGAAGACAACUGUGGCCACCACCACUACCACCACUGUGGCCAGCACGGCCACCGCCAUGACACUGCAGACUAAGGGGGUCACCGAGUCCCUGGAUCCCUGGAAAAGAACCCCUGUUGGGGUUAGCACAACGGAGCCUUCCACUAGUCCCAGCAACAAUGGGAAAGACAUCCAGCCCCCCAGGAUCUUGGGGGAGACCUCAGGUCUGGCCGUGCAUCAGAUCAUCACCAUCACCGUCUCCCUCAUCAUGGUCAUCGCUGCGCUCAUCACAACUCUUGUCUUAAAAAAUUGCUGUGCCCCAAGCGGGCACACUCGGAGGAACAGCCACCAGCGGAAGAUGAAUCAGCAGGAGGAGAGUUGCCAGAACCUGACGGACUUCACCCCGGCCCGGGUGCCCAGCAGUGUGGACAUCUUCACCGCCUAUAACGAGACACUGCAGUGUUCCCACGAAUGCGUCAGGGCCUCCGUGCCCGUGUACGCCGAUGAGACGCUGCACUCGACUGGGGAGUACAAGUCCACGUUCAACGGAAACCGAUCCUCCUCUGCCGAUAGGCAUCUCAUCCCUGUGGCCUUUGUGUCUGAGAAAUGGUUUGAAAUCUCCUGCUGACUGGCCGAAGGCUUUUUACCUCCUGGGGGCGGGGCAGACGCCAUGUGUCUGUUUCAUGGAUUCCGUUGGUGAACUUGUACAAACAAAACAACAAAAACAAAACAAAAAAUUAUAAAACCUAAACCUAAACUAUCUAAGGGGAGGGUCCCGCACCCACUGCUUCUGCUCACCCUCGGGGACUCAGCAGAGCAGGACACCCAAGGCCAAAUCUAUUUUUGUAAAAUUGCUCGUGUGCCUAGGGGCGCUCCCUUCUCCCAGAGUCUUCUCCGGAGAGCAGAAAAGAUGAUGUGCAGAAGCGGACUGGAGACGGCAGAGAACGCCAAGCAGAAAGACUGGGGACGGCUCCCGACACCUGGGACUCGCACCACGAUUCUGAACCUGUGCCAAUAAUACCACUAUGUGCCACGUAACGAGCCGGAAGCCCGGCAGCAGCCGAGCCCAGCGAACCACGCGGAGAGAUCUUAACCGAGGGCAGGGGUG